AUGUCCUUCGUCGGGGUAUCCGUCAUCGCCAACGGCGAGCUCCUCGGCGCUGACACCUCGCCUGCAAGCUGCCCCAGCGCCAGCGGGUACCACUUGCUUGUCGUCCAAGGCCACUCGCGCAUGCGCGAGAAAUCCAACAUAUCUCACCGUUUCACCGUCGGAGGCCACCGCUGGCGAAUCGUUUACAACCCCGCGCUCUAUGACCUGGGCGAAGACGGGGUCGUAGUACUUUGUCUCUUCCUCGACGAGAAACUAGACACCACUGCAGAGCCCGUGAAGGCGCAGGUCGAGUUUAGCUUCGUUGACGAGACCGACAAGCAAGAGCCGGCACGUAUCCGCGCUAGCAAAAUACUAGAGCUACGAGGCCAGUGCAAUGAUGCGUUUAAGUACAUUGACAGAGCAGUCUUGGACAAACAUCUCAACAACGGCAGUUUCACCAUCCGGUGCGACAUCGUGGUCCUAAAUCCAACAUGCGACACCGCGUUCAUCACGGUUCCGCCGUCCGACAUGCAACAGAACUUCACAGACUUUCUCCUGGCAGGGGAGGGCACCGACGUGGUCUUCCAUGUGGGCUGCGAGACAUUCGCCGCCCAUCGGUGUAUUCUCACGGCCCGGUCUACGGUCUUCAGGGCAGCCCUCUUUGGCCCCAUGAAGGAAGGCACGUCCACGGCCGCCACCGUGCAUAUAGACGAUAUGGACGCUACGGUAUUCAAGGGCAUGCUUGGGUUCAUCUACAGCGACUCAUUUCCAGCGAUGGACACAAAUGAAAAUGAGGGCGCCCUGCUGCAGCACUUGCUCAUCGCGGCAGACAGGUACAACCUCCCAAGACUCAGGGCGAUGUGUGAGAAGAAGCUUUGUGAGCACAUCGACGUGAGCACGGUGACCACCAUACUAGGGCUUGCCGAGCCGCAUGGCUGUGACGGGUUGAAGAAGGUGUGUUGCAAGUUCCUCCGGUGUCCGGACAACCUUAGGGCAGUGGUGUCCAUGGACGGCUUUGAUGAUUUGUGCAGGAGCUGCCCCACUCUUAUGAAGGGCAUGAUCCUUGGCGUGCUACCAGCAAAGUAG